GAGCCGAGCAGCGGAGAAGUGUUUGGCUUUCAAUCGGUGCAGUGUUGCCGCCGCGCUGUGUUCAAUCACCAGACAUGAUUACGAUAUGAAAAUUAGAGGUCUGCGGCGAAGUUAGCCUCUGGUAGAGCCAGCCAGGACCGGAAAGAGAAGACAAGGUUGCCCUGAGGAAGCUGUCAAUGCUGGACUCCCUGAUCUCCCAGCAUUAAGAUCCGUUAGGCUGGGAGAGAGAACACCCAUCCGUCCACAAAACCACCUGACCCAACAUGAUGGCCUCCAGUGAUGUAGACAUCCGAGGUGAAGGUUCUUUGUUUUCUGACCAGAAUCCAUCAGAAAUGGAUGCUCUGUGCCCCUCUCCUCCUGGACCAUCCAGACCCCAACGUCACUAUGAGAGGAUUGGAGGGCGGACAGGAACAUCUUUUUGUCAGACUCUUAUCCACCUGUUGAAGGGGAACAUUGGUACAGGGCUCCUGGGUUUGCCUCUGGCUGUCAAGAAUGCAGGUCUGGUGCUUGGACCAGUCAGUCUGCUGUGUAUGGGUAUCAUCGCAGUCCACUGUAUGAGGCUGCUGGUCAGCUGUUCCCACCACCUCAGUGUAAAGGUGAACAGGCCGUCUCUGACCUACGGUGAAGCGGUGCAGUAUGGGAUGGAAAACGUUUCGUGGCUGAGGAGGCAUUCACAAUGGGGAAAACGGACAGUGAACUUGUUUCUCAUCAUCACUCAGCUGGGCUUCUGCUGCGUCUACUUUGUCUUCCUCAGUGACAAUGUCAAGCAGGUGGUAGAGGCAGCCAAUGCCACCACCUUCAGCUGCCAAAUGAACCACACCAACCAGACACAGACCCUGGUGCCGAGCUUCGACUCCCGUCUCUACAUGCUCUGCUUCCUACCCGCCAUCAUCUUGCUGGUUUUCACACCCAACCUGAAAUACCUUGCUCCUCUGUCUCUGGUGGCUAACCUGGUCAUGACCGCCAGCUUGAUCCUCAUCUACUUUUACUCCCUCACGAACAUCACAUACCCCUUCAACCUACCAAAAGUGGGCAGAGCUAAAGACUACCCUCUCUUCUUUGGGACGGCCAUCUUUGCCUUCGAAGGGAUUGGAGUGGUUCUUCCCCUGGAGAACAAGAUGCAGAGGCCUCAGAGCUUCACUCUGGUUCUGUAUAUGGGGAUGGGCAUCGUCACCUUCCUCUACAUCAGUCUCGGCACCAUAGGAUAUAUGUGCUUUGGAGAGCAGAUAGGAGGGAGCAUCACUCUCAACCUGCCAAACUGCUGGACCUAUCAGGCUGUAAAGCUUCUGUACUGCUUUGGUAUUUUCAUCACCUUCGCCCUGCAGUUCUACGUUCCAGCAGAGAUCCUGAUACCACCAGUAGUGGCCCGUGUGUCAGAGAGAUGGGAGACAGCUGUCGACCUUCUGCUUCGCACCGUCUUGGUCAUCUUCACAUGUGCUCUCGCCGUCCUGAUACCAGAGCUGGACCUCGUCAUCUCAUUGGUCGGCUCGGUCAGCAGCAGUUUCCUGGCGCUGAUCUUCCCUCCCAUCCUCCAGAUCCUAGCUUUUCACGAGGAGGGCCUGUCGCCGCUGGUGACCGCCAAGAACAUCGUCAUCAGCCUGGUGGGGCUGGUCGGCUUCCUCACAGGAACUUACAUCGCCAUCGUGGAAAUCGUCAACCGCAACGCACAGAAACACGAAGAGACGUUCUCCUCCUACUUGGUCCAGUGAUGACGUGAAAUGACUCUUGGCAGGUGGAGGUAACCCACCCAGGACAUCUAGAAACCAUUUUAGGGCACAUUUGAAUUUUUAUCUUCCUUGAUUUGCUGCUGUUGGACAUGUCGGCCAUAUUAGGGUUAAUCUAUAAAAUUGUUGAAGCAGUAUGAAGGUGUAAGGAUUCAUGGUGCUUGAUUUUGUGUUUCGUUAUGUCACUGCUGUACUACGGCGUCCUGUAGUACUCACAUUUGAUCAAAUCCAGCCAUUUAGUGCAAUCUAACAGUAACAUAGUUAUGGUAAAAGCUAAAUUAUUCCUUCAAGUAGGAGAUUGUCAUGAAAAGAUUUUCAGAAUAAUGGGUUUUCAGAGGUCUGUUAUCAUUUUACUGCCUGAAUAUGUUAAUGCUUUUAAUGUUUCAGUCAAAAAAUCAAACUACCUCACAAACUGGUAUCAAUUCGGUCUUUUAAAACUAACAUCCAGAUUAGACGCUGUUGCAGAAAUUGUGCGGACUUAUAACCCUCAGCCCAGACAACAUCUCUCUUAGACCUUUUCUCCACCUCAUUAAAAAAAAAAAAAAAAAAAAAAAAA